GCUGGGAGAGGAGAGCAUCCUGGGUGUUCCCUCCUUGCUGUCACUGGGAUCUGCUCUUUAGUCCAUAAACAGAUUUCCAAGGAAGAGGAGAGUGUUCAGCUCUGUAACUCCAGGAGGCUGAAAGAGGCCACGUGGAAUUACUGAGCCUGAAUCUACCUUUCACCUCACUCCCAGCCACAUCCUCCCUAUGCCAGCUCCAGCAAGAGCCCAUGGUGAACCGGCUGGCAGGAAUCAUGAGUGCCCUGGGAGAACAGCCCAGCAAGGAGCAGUGUAUGUGCUGAGUUACUGCACUGAGCCGGCUCAGCAAAGGCGUGGCAGAGAAGGAGCAGAGAUACAGCUGGUGAGGGGAAGAUUUCUAGUUCUCAGCUGACCAAAGAGCCCUUGGAGAUGUCAGCAUGGCCUCAUGUAGUUCCUGCAGCUUCUCAUGAGGUGGUCAUCAGGAGAACGAGAUCAGGUUGUUAACUGCAGAGAUCGAGCAUCUGAAGAACUCCGGGUGCUUGGGAGUGUCCCCAAGUUUGGAAGGGCUGCGGGACGAGAACGCGAAGCUCAAGUAUCGCUUGAACUUCCUUCGGAAGAGCCUUCAGGAGGAAAGAAGUAAACCAGAGAAAAGCAUGACUAAUAUCAACAGCUGCCUUCAGGAGAUCUUUGGAGCUGCUAUUCAGGCUGCCUACCCAGAGCUAGAAAACCCUCCACUAGUGGUGACACCAAGUCAGCAGCCCAAAUUUGGAGAUUACCAGUGUAACAGCGCCAUGGGCAUCACACAGAUCCUGCUCAAAACCAAGGAACAGAAGGUCAGCCCAAGAGAAAUCGCCGAGAAAAUAACAAAACAUAUUCCUGCUAAUGAAUGCAUUGAGAAGGUUGAAAUCGCUGGGCCUGGUUUUAUCAAUGUCCACUUGAGAAGGGAUUUUGUGUCGAAGCAGCUGAGCAGUUUAUUGGUGAAUGGAGUUCAGCCACCGGCUAUUGGCAAAAGGAGAAAGGUGGUCGUGGAUUUCUCAUCCCCUAACAUUGCAAAGGAGAUGCACGUUGGCCACCUGCGGUCCACUAUCAUUGGAGAAAGCAUGUGCCGGCUGUUUGAAUUUGCUGGCUAUGAUGUUUUGAGGUUAAACCAUUUAGGAGACUGGGGCACCCAGUUUGGAAUGCUCAUUGCUCACCUCCAAGACAAAUUUCCGGAUUACUUAACAGUUUCUCCUCCCAUUGGGGAUCUCCAAGCUUUUUACAAGGAGUCCAAGAGGCGGUUUGACACAGAGGAGGAGUUCAAGAAACGUGCCUACCAAUGUGUGGUGCUGCUGCAGAGCAAAACCCCCGACUUCAUCAAAGCCUGGGAGCUCAUCUGCGACGUGUCACGGAAAGAGUUCCAGAAAAUCUACAACUGCUUGGACAUUACGCUCACAGAGAGAGGAGAAUCGUUCUACCACGACAUGAUGAAAGACAUCGUAAAAGAAUUUGAAGAUAAAGGAUUUGUCCAGGUUGAUGAUGGCCGGAAGAUCGUGUUUGUCCCAGGUUUCCCUAUCCCGUUGACGAUCAUGAAAUCAGAUGGAGGUUACACCUAUGACACAUCUGACUUAGCUGCUCUUAAGCACAGGCUGUGUGAAGAGAAGGCUGAUAUCAUUAUCUAUGUUGUUGAUAGUGGCCAGUCGGGGCAUUUGCAGACAGUGUUUGCAGCUGGGCAGAUGAUUGGCUGGUACGAUCCUAAAGUAACCAGAGUGGCACAUGCCGCGUUCGGAGUGGUGCUGGGAGAGGACAAGAAGAAGUUCAAAACUCGUUCAGGGGAUACAGUGCGUCUUAUAGACCUGCUGGAGGAAGGGCUGAAACGAGCUAUGGACAAGCUGAAGGACAAGGAGCGGGACAAGGUCCUCACGGCAGAAGAGCUGAAAGCUGCCCAGACGUCAGUCGCUUUUGGAUGUAUUAAAUAUGCAGAUCUCUCCCACAACAGACUAAAUGAUUACGUGUUCUCCUUUGACAAGAUGCUGGACGACCGGGGGAACACAGCUGCUUACUUGCUGUACGCCUUCACCCGCAUCAGGGCCAUUGCCCGCCUGGCCAACAUUGACGAGCAGAUGCUGCGGAAGGCAGCCAGGGAAGAGGUGCUUGUUCUGGACCAUGAGAAGGAGUGGAAACUGGGCAAGUGCAUCCUGAGGUUCCCCGAGAUCCUGCAGAAGAUCCUGGAGGACUUGUUAUUGCACACGCUCUGUGACUACCUUUAUGAGCUGGCCACCACCUUCACUGAGUUCUACGACAACUGCUAUUGUGUUGAGAAGGACAGGCAGAGUGGCCAGAUCGUGAAGGUGAACAUGUGGAGGCUGCUGCUAUGCGAAGCCACUGCCACCGUCAUGGCCAAAGGAUUCGACAUCCUGGGGAUUAAGCCUGUGCAGAGGAUGUAGCUGUUUCCUGUAGGGUGACAAUAAAGGGACUCAACAACUGGAA